AUGCCAUCAUCGCGCAAACCGCCGUUUGUCUCAUUAAAUGGAAUGACGGUUUCCAAGCUUUCGCCACGUCAUCGCGCGUGCGAACGUGCAGUCAGAUCGCUCCGUCUCUCGAGAGAGCCAUGCCCUUUCGUUUCAUACUCGUGUCAAUAUAAAAGCCUAGCCUUCUUCAUUUCUCUUCACUCCUUCUCCUUCAUUCCAACCUGCUCCAGUGGUGUCCCCCUUGUAGAUUCUCCAGAACCAAGGUUGAGCCAUAUCCACGGACCCCUGCGUCGUGGCCUGAUCCAGAUGGUUUUCUCCCUCCUGCUGUCCAACAACUAUCCUUCGUUCUGGAACGUCGACGUGGGCCAAAGCCAUGGUGUGGCCGAGAUUCCUUCCCGGCCCUGGGGGAGAAUGACCUUCCUUCAUAUGAGGCCGCAGAGAGACAACAAUGCGAUCGAUGAAGAUGGAAGGGCCUGGUAUGACGAUUCCAACUUGGCCAUGUCCGCUUGGCCUAGCAUCUUGGUUGCAUCUAUGACCGGGGUGACGGCCUUGGUUUCACCCAGCCACAGUUGUGUCCAGAAUGACGGCCCUGGCCAUGGCUAG